CAACGUUUCUCCUGCGAGCAGUAUCCAGCCCAGUACGUGUACGACAGACCGAGUGCGCACCGCCUCGCCUCCACAUUCCCGCUUCCCACCGUUCCCUCGUAGCAACAAUAUUUCUCACCUUGCUCAUCCCCACCGCCGAGCGCAUCUCCCAUGUCCCCCGCCCCUGUAGCACCCAUCCGCCAGCCGCGCGGCCCGUCCACAAACUCCUUCUCACAGGCCGCCUCCCCCCCGUCAUCCACGUCGGCCGGCAACUCGGGCACUGCAGCAGCCACAGGUCCGCCCGCCCCCGACACAGACUCGUUGCGGCGGGCGAACACCGUCUCCAACCCUCGCCACCAGCCGUCCGCAUCCAUCUCUGCCAGCUCCGCCGCCUCGUCCGCUUUCCAUGGCGUCCCGCCAUCCGCCGCCAGCACAUCGGCCAGCUCCAGCAGGGGCGUCAGAGGCGUCAGCCGUUUCAGGAGUGGAUCGCUGUCCAACGCAUUGCCAGACCCGGGCCUAGUAAGAAGGGCCAGUGGGAGAGAGGUAGCGAAGGAAGUAGUGCUGGAGAAUGAAGGCGAGGGCGAAGGCAUCGAGGCGGCGAGCUGGGGCAAGGGUCUGGGCAGGCAGAGCAGCCUGCCCUCCAGGCGAGGUCUCAGCCUUGCUCAGGCUGCCAACCAGGGCGCUCCUGAACCAGUACCGCCGCCCCGCCCGCCACGCCGCAUCGCUAUAAACACCACCACUGUAUCCGGCCCCACACCGCCCGUUUCUGCCCAUUCGGCAUCGCACUCUCUGUCCUCUCUCUCCAUGCUCCACCGUCCGACCUACUCUUCCCAACUGUCCCAGGACGAACCUAUCCCUUCAGCAACAAGCGGUGGCGUAUCGCGCACGCAGAGCCUGAGGGCACAGGCCAAACAUAGUGAUGUCGGCGGACUGGGAAGAAGCAUUAGUCUCAAGGCUGUAGGCGAGCAUACGUACCGCCAGUCAACGAGCCAGCAGGCGAGUAGCGGCCAGUCUUCAGGUGUCAUUUCCUCUCCAUCUUCUGUUGCAUUCUCUCCUCCCGCCCCUCCGCCCGUUUCUUCCACAGCAGCGCUCCCCCCGUUCCAGCUUCCACUUCCUGACUCCUCCUAUGUUUCGACAACGACGGGCGGCGCGGACGUCAAGCGCCACCAAAGUCUUACUCAGGGGUACGGCUCAUCGUCCCGCGUCCGUGAUCGAUUGGAGCGCAGUCCCGCCAUCACGCUUGAGCCCCGUGAACCUCGCGAUACGUCGGGCGUGAGGGUGAGGAUCGAUACCAGGUUUGAAGACGAACCGCCUACGAGCCCCAUUGGUCCCAGCGUGUGGUCCAACACCCUCUCCAGGACGGAUGACGGUUGGGGCUCUGCGCCUCUGAACCAAAGCGCCAGGAAUGCUUCGCAGCAGCUGCAAGACGCCUUUGAAGCAAUGACUCUUGGACGGAAUAUGAUGGCUCCCGACGGUAACGCAAUGCUUGCGAAUGAUUUCGAUCCCAGAGAAAGGCUCAGCCUGGAGACAGACAUCAUGCGUCACCCACAACCAUCCUCCAAUAAUACUUUACCGUCCGGUGGGCAAGGUCUCCAGAGGAUCAACUCUGGCGCCGAAGAACCUAGCUGGGUGAACAAGCUCGUGGGAGGUGAUUCAACGCCCAUGGUCGGCAACGUGAUGCCUCGCUCCUCCAGUGCGCUCGGUUGGAGCGAACGUGCGCGCCAGAAUGAGACUCAAAGGUUCCCGUACGGGGCUUACAACAUGCCCUUUGGCAAUGGAUUUAAUAUGGGUCUAAAGCCUCAAAUGGGUCAAAUGGGCAUGCCUCAAAUGGGUCCGGUGGGUAUGAAUGGUAUGCCUAUGGGAAUGCCCAUGGGUAUGGGCCCCAUGAACAUGGGCUUCCCGAUGGGGAUGAACAUGGGUUUCGGGCAGAUGGGCGCAAACGGAUUUGGUCAGUUUGCCCCUGGCCAUCCCGGUCAAGCUCAAAACCAGCAUCCCGGUCAAGGAUACCCCCCACCAUCUAGUUCGGCUGCACCCACUGGCCACGGCAUGGGCGCGCAGGAUAGGGAAGUGAUCGAGUUGGCCAGAAAGAAGGGAUUAAACCCGGCCACAUUCAACUGCAAACCUCAAAAUGCCAGAUUCUUUGUUAUCAAAUCUUACACUGAGGAAGACGUUCAGAAAUCGCUCAAACACGAGAUUUGGUCUUCUACCGUCCUCGGCAAUAAACGUCUGGACGCUGCGUACAGAGAAACGGCAAACAAGGGUCCGAUAUACUUGUUCUUCAGCGUCAAUGGGUCCAGGCAUUUCUGCGGUGUGGCCGAAAUGACAACGCCUGUGGAUGAGACAAAGACGUCCAAAGUGUGGGCACAGGACAAGUGGAAAGGUAUCUUUGAAGUCAAAUGGAUCUUUGUCCGUGAUGUUCCCUCAGCCGCCCUUCGACAUAUCCGACUGACCAACACUCCCGAGUGCAAACCCAUCACCAACUCGCGCGACACGCAAGAAUUGCCCUAUGAAGCUGGUACAGAGGUCCUACAGAUCUUUUUGGACCACCAAACCAAGAGCAAGACUAGUCUGUUGCAGGAUUUUGCUUAUUACGAGCAACUUUCUGUAAAUCGCCAAAACCAAAACUCUCCUCAGAAUGGCAACAGCCAGAACCAGCAGCCAUCCUCGUAUCAGCAGUUCCAACAGAAGCCAGGGAACGCUAUCGCUCCUCCGAUGAGCAAUAGCCAUUCUGGUCCCACUAUUCCUCCUGUUCCCGCCAUCCCUGAUAAAUUCCGAUAAAUCCAAAGUAUACUUUAUCAGUCUUGGUUUUUUUUUUUACUACCGAUUGGAACGACCUUGCAAUGAACAAUAUGAACGUUCGGGAAACCAAAUCUGGGUAAUAAUAUUCUGUGCAAACUUUUACCGAACGACCGCAGUUAAUGGAUAAAGAAAAGGAACGUUAUAUGUGAAAGCGAAAAUCGUAUUAAUUCAAAGUAACAUGUGUGGAAUUGGAGAUGAAUAGUACAUGGGUCUCUUAUUAUAGAGCUGGAUAUUUAUGUGUGUAGCUGUCGGAUUAUGGUGAGAUGUAUAAAUUUAUCUUG